AUGAUUCACUCAGUGGCAGAGGUGGAGCUGAAGGAGGAAAGAGAAGAACUGAGUGAAGCCGUGAAGCAUACUGUGAGAGUUAAUACAAAGAAGCCACAUUCGUGCUCCCUGUGUGAAAAGAGUUUUGCAUAUCAGUCACUUUUAAAACAGCACAAGAUAAUCCACACUGGAGAGAAACCGUACACAUGUACUCAGUGUGGGAAGAGUUUCACACAGUCAUCGUCCCUCACUCGACACAUGAUGAUCCACAAUGGAGAGAAACCACACAAGUGUGAUCAGUGCAGCAAAACAUUUCUGAGGCCUUCAGAGCUGAAGGAGCAUCUCGAAGCUCAUAGAAGUGAAAAGCUUUAUUCAUGCUCUGAGUGCGGAAAGAGGUUUACACAUAAGCAAAUCUUAAGAAAACAUCAGAAGAUCCACACUGGUGUGAGAGAGCACGUGUGCUUUGAGUGUGGGAAGAGUUUCAUCAAAUCUGGAGACUUGAAACGACACCAGAUGAUUCACACUGGGGAGAAACCGUGUGUGUGUUCACACUGCAACAAGAGCUUCACUCUGUUAGCAGCCCUGAAAAUCCAUGAGAGGAUUCACACUGGAGAGAAACCGUACGAGUGUUCACACUGCGGCAAGAGAUUCAUCAUAUCAGGACACCUGAAAAUACACAAUAGGAUUCACACUGGAGAGAGACCGUACGCAUGUACUCGGUGUGGGAGGAGUUUCAAUCAGUCAUCGCACCUCAAUCAACACAUGCUGAUCCACACUGGAGAGAAAACAUGCAAAUGUGAUCAGUGCAGCAAAACGUUUUUGAGUGCUUCAGAUCUGAAGAAACAUCUCAGAGUUCAUACAAAAAGGAAGUCUUAAAUUGACCUUCCUGUAUUCACAAACAUGAUAUUUCACUGUUGUUGAAUAUAAAAAUGCAGCAACAUCAGCUUCUCCUUUGUUGUUUAAUUCUCGUACAAGUACUGAAGGUUAAUCAGUGUAUUUAUCCCACCCCUCCUCCACUCAUUGAAUGACUGGAUACCAUACGUGCACAUAUGUCUGUCCGAGCA